ACUCACUCACUCACUAUCUUAGUAGAAAUACUAAUAUCAUAUUGAUAUGCCCUUAAUCUUUGUGUGACAAAAUAACAAAAAAUAUGAGUCUAAAGAUUUAUGGUCUUGCCAUGUCCACAAACACAACCCGUGCUAUGAUCUGUCUACAUGAAAAAGAAGUAGAUUUUGAGCUUGUUCCAGUCAAUGUGUUUGCUUCUGAGCAUAAGCACCCUCCUUUUCUCAACAAGAAUCCCUUUGGUUUGAUUCCAGUACUUGAAGAUGGUGAUCUCACCCUCUUUGAGUCAAGAGCCAUAACCUCAUAUGUAGCUGAAAAAUUCAAGGAAGUUGGAGCUGAUUUAAUUAGACAGAAUGACAUAAAAGAAUCUUCAUUGGUGAAAAUGUGGAUAGAGGUAGAGUCUCAGUACUAUGAACCUGCAGUGUCAAGUAUUAUCUAUGAAUACUUUGUGGCACCAUUUAAAGGACAAGAACCAAACAAGUCAGUGAUUGAAAGCAACAUUGAGAAGCUGAAAAGUGUGCUUGAUGUGUAUGAGGCAAAACUAAGCAGAACAAAGUACCUUGGUGGUGAUUUUUAUAGUCUUGCAGAUCUUAGUCAUAUAUCUGAAACUCACUAUUUAAUGCAAACACCAUGUGGUUCAAUGAUAAAUGAACGUCCUCAUGUUAAGGGUUGGUGGGAGGAUAUAUCUUCUAGGCCUGCAUUUCAAAAAGUUGUGGAAGGUAUGACUUUUGGUCAGACUCAGAAAUGAGAGUUUUGUGAGGUUCAAUUUGCAAUUUCAUUCAACUAUCUACUGUCCUAGUAUUGCCUUUUAUUCAAGAUCAUUCAUUUCGCUUCACAGACUCUUCCUAUCUUAUUUCUAAUUUUCUUUUAAAGGUUAUUUUGAAAUGCCCUUUUACAUUUUUCUACUGGAAUUUCAAUUCAUUUGGAUGUUCUUCUUAGUAUUGGUUUUGUAUACUUUCAAGCAGUAGCCUCAAUAUCAAAUCUAGGUUCAAGUGUCAA